UUUCAAUAAUAAAGUUUAAAUUAGGUUAAGGUUAUAAACCUUUUUUGUUUUGGACAUAUUUUUAUCAGAGGAAAAAAGAUAUGCCAGAAAAUUUAUUAGUUUGUGUUCCUGGACAAAGACUUUGUCUUUCAGAUAAAAGUCAUAUUGCUGGACAGGGAACUUAUGAAAGAGGGGGCUACAUAUAUUCUACAUUGGCUGGUUUGGUUGAUGUUGUUGAUAAUGAAGGGGUGAAAGUAAUAGAAGUCCAUAGUUGUGGAGAACAAACAUUGGUACCUGCACAGGGAGAUAUUGUUACUGCUCAGGUUACAAUUAUAACUCAGCAGUCAUGUAAAUGUAUUAUAAAAUGUAUUGGGGAUACCGUUUUAAGCAGACCUCAUCGUGCAAUUUUGAGAAGGGAAGACAUUAGAGCUACAGAAAAAGACCGUGUUGAAGUAUAUAAAUGUUUCAGGCCAGGUGAUAUAAUUCUAGCAAGAGUUCUUCCUAUAACAGAGGCACAUUCCUAUCAGCUCUCAACUGCUGAAAAUGAAUUGGGGGUUGUUAUGGCCCAUUCAGAAAAUGGCCAUCCCAUGGUACCCAUUAGCUGGACAGAAAUGCAGUGCGUGAAAACAUUUGUCAAAGCUCCUAGAAAAGUAGCAAAAGUGGUUCCAGAAAAUUUUAAAAUGGAUUCAGAUGAAACAUGAGACUAAUUGUAUUAAAACUUAACACUGUUAGAUUUGUGUUGAGGUUAUGUGCAUUUUAAUGCUGUGCAAGUGGCAGAGGUUUUUAGAAGCACGUCUCAUUUUCAUUCUGGAUUA